AUGGGGAUGCUCGAUGCCGAUUGGGUUCCAGGACAUCAUCCUCAUCCUGAUCCCAAAGCGUCGCACGCCAUCAAGCCAAGUGGGAUAGGCAACGGCGUCAUUGGCAGAGCGCCCGAGUUCGGUACCUCGCCAACCAAGCCCAAAGGAGUCAAUCUGCCCUCGGCUCGCCACCACUGGCCUCUCUCCUCGUCGCUCGAGAAGAAUCCGAGCGCUGGACCGGCAACGCAACUGCCUCCCCUGCGCAUCGAGUCGAACGAUCGCUCUCGCUUCUUUCCUUCCACAUCGACGCCAUUCAAGCCAAGUCAGAAGGGUCGGUCUGGCCCACCAAGUCAGCAGAGCCUGCAGGCCAAGGAUCGUGACGAUGACUGGAUGCUGACCCCUACCAGCUCUCUUCCCAGCAUACCCAGCACGCCCAAUCGAUUGCGCGAAUCCAGCACCGAACGUGUUCUCGCCGGAAUGCCUCAACCCGGCGCUCAACAUGCCAUCGACAGCCGUCCACCACCAUCAAUCCGCGGUCCUGUCGAACAAUUCCAAGCAACACUCCAGUCAGCGCCUCGAACUCCAAGCCCCGGCCAUGGUUUUGCUCGCUCGGAAGCCGGUCAUACCGGUGCCUCUUUGUUCAACCGAGGCCCCAGCGUCAACAUCCUAUCCUCGCCGAAGCGUUCCCCUCUUGUGAUUUCGGCCUAUCCGCAUCGCCAGCAAGCAGGAACCUCCGCGGCAAACCCCGUCAUGCUCAGCCCUACAUCCUCGCCCAAGCUCGCCCACCGUACGCUGUCACCCGUCACAAGAUAUCCCCCCGUCAUUCCUGAAUCGCCCGCUCACUCGAGUGCAGACAGAGUGGUCAACAGCAUCGCUUCCAUGCUCAGUGGCGCGUCGCCCCAGCCGCGUCCUGGCUCUGUCUCUCGUCGCGAGUCUUUCAACUCUGUCGCUUCUGCAGGUCCAGGUCACUUGAUGUCCCACUCAAGAAGGAGCUCUGCCGUCUUCUCUCCCAAUUCGCCGACCGUUGCUACUCGCGUCGGCGUGUAUCGUCCACCGCAUCUGCGAAACCGCGGUAGCGUGUCGGGACUCAGACCGAGCGUGGCCCACUACGACCGUGUGCGCACGCCAAGCCUUCGUGGCCUUUCUCGCUCGCGAGAAUCUUCCAUGUCUCUGAGCCGACCCACUAGUCGACCGCCGUCGACUGUGCCGUUCUACCACGCCGAGAGUAUACCCGAGGAUGCUCAAGCAGACGACGCAGCACCCAUCCCUCUCCGUGGACGACAAACCACAGCAUCGAUCCAUCUGCCCGGCUUGAUCGCCGAGGAACAGCAACGAAAUGCCGCCGCCGCUGUUGCAGCCUCCGGCUCCGAGAGCGGUCCAGUCGGCACGUUUGUGCCAAAUACCACACAUCUGCUGGAGCAACCUCUCGACAGCGCUUCAUUGCUUGCGAAGCUCAGGGCACAACUCGUCCGACGCGAGGCGGCGGCCUCCGAUGUGGCCGCCUCCGACGUGGAUCGAGACUCGGUGGUUACCGACGACAACGACCAAGAGUUCUUCGACCUCUCCGACAUGAUGGAGUAUGGUGCAUCCGAAGGGCACCCCCUCAGCCGUUACGGCAGCACAUACGCCAUCGAGGGUCGGCCGCUGGGCGACGUCUUUGAGAUCGGGGAUCUCCUCGGCCCUGGCCUUGAGCACGACGGCCACACCAUCAAGAUUGCUGAGACCACUCCGGGCUUUGUGGAUCAGAAUGAAGAUCUCACGGGCAGUAAGUUGGAGGUGGUGCGGAAACUCGGCGAGGGCAGCUACGCGAUAGUCUAUCUGGUCAAGGAAGUCAGCGCAGACGAAGCUGCCUCGUACGCCUUGCAGAAAAGCAUGGCCAUUCCAGCGUCUUCGUCUCGCAACCUAGCUUCGGAGACGUUAACACGAAACCCUGACGACGAUGCCGAUCUGACCAUGGUCGCCUCAUCGGAGGACCUACUCAGUAGCACUCUCAAAGCGAACGGCAAGGGGAAGGACGGUGGAUUCCACAACUCGCCUGCUCUCGAGGAGAGGAGGCGCAAGGACCUUAAGAUCGACACUCGCCUGCGGCCCGGGAAGGAGUUUGCUCUCAAGUGUCUGUGCAAGCGCGACUUGCCCGAGGACAUGCUCGAGGUUCAACGACUCGAGGCCACCAUCCAUCAGUCCAUACCUGCCCAUCCAAACAUCGUCACGCUGUACCGCACCUACGAGACGCCCGACUGGCUGUUUUUAGUUCUGGAGUACUGCCCUGGCCAGGAUCUUUACUUCUGGCUGGAACAGGCCCAAGACGAUGGACAGCGCCCAGCGCUUGAUCGAGAAGAUGGUGCCGAUACACGCGUCGACUACGACGAUGAUGCCGAUUCCAAGUCACACGGAGGCUCGGAUGCCUCGAACGACGACAACUAUCGCCUGCUGGGCUCCUCGUUGGAUGCAACGCCGCCUUCGCCAUCACUUCUUGCCUCGACAUCAGGCCAUGGCUUGCUUUCCAAGCGUCGCAUCCGCCUCAUCGCUAGGAUGUUCCGCCAGAUCUGCGACGCCGUCCAGUUCUGCCAUGACCGAGGCGUCAGUCAUCGCGAUAUCAAGCCCGAAAACUUCAUCGUAGAGGAUCGCCGUACCGUCGAAGAGAUGCAGUCCGCCUGUCCUGAUACGAGCGUUAGCACUCUCGUAGAUGGCUCUCAUGAUGGCGACGAAGCGCAGGUGAUUGUCAAGAUGACCGAUUUCGGUCUCGCGACAGCGGAAGAUCGCUGCGACGAUUUUGAUUGCGGCAGCAAGCCGUACAUGGCAUUCGAAUGCCACAACAACAUUUCGUCGUCGUACGAUCCAAAGCAAGCCGACAUCUGGUCGCUGGGUGUGGUGCUGCUGAAUCUCCUCUUCCACCGCAGCCCUUUCACAGAGCCGUCGACGAGCUGUCCUUCCUUUGCAGCGUACUGUCAAGACCCAAUCCGCUUCCUGAUGGAGUCCUUCGACGGUCUCACUGAGACUGUCGCGCGCUUCCUCGCCGAAAACGUGUUCUGCUCCAUCACCGACGACGAGGAUGUGACUCAGCGGCGCAUCUCUGCUGGCGAGUUUUCGCGCUGGGCUUGCGGUCUUGUGGACCAUAUGGGCCUGUCCGGAUCCGGUCCAAGACGCAUUUCUCGAGGCGCGUCGAUCUAUUCGACGAUGCCACUCGUUCACUCGCGUACAGCAUCCAUGUCGACGCUUCCGUCCCUCCUCAGCUCGCCUCGACCCCGAGCUCGAUCGCUGGCGCGCGACACGGAUCACAUUGCUGACCUCGACGUGACCGCCGACGCCACUUUUCGAGCUGCUUUCGCUGCUGCCUCCGCCAGGCAGGGCAGUCUGUCGCCGUACUCGGCCCUCUUUACGCCCGACGUUCUUCCUUCGCCUACGUUCACACCUUCGCCACAGCCGCCCGAUCGCAAUCCCUUCGAUUCGCAGUACGGUGCUGCGGGAGAGGCUGCACGCCGUGCCGAGGGCAUUGCUUCGCAAGAAAAGCACGAAAUCCCAGGCCACUUGCACCACGACAUGUCUCGGUCAUCGAGCAGUCUCGCCGAGACGAAGCCUCGUGAGCUUGAACCGAGCGGUUCAGGGUCAAAGCAGGCAGGCCCUUCGACCUCUGUCAGCGACGACAAUGAAGUGCACAAGGAUGUUCGCAAAGGCUCGGACUCGCCCGACGAUGCAAGCAAUCUCCCAGAUGAGACGCUGCUCGAAGAUCAGAAGGCCCCCAAGGAUCGAACGCAGGACGAUGCGAGUCGUCCUGUCGACCGAGAAGGCAUCAAUCGCGACCCAGUCGAGCUCGACGAUGCUGCCGAUGGUGCUAGAGAAGCUGCGGGCGAUGGCAUGGACGAGGAUAAAGCGGAUAGCGUUGCUACUUCAAAUCAUUCGAAACGGCGCAAGCGUGGCGCGCGUAAGGGCCGCACCCUCGCCAAGCAGCUCAAACGAUCGCAGUCUGUCGAGGCAAUGGCGGAUGGCCAAGCCGACGAUCCGGCUGCCAAGGCUCGGGAACGUGAACGGACGAUACGCGAGCUUGCUCUAGCAUCUGAGAACCUGGCAAGACAGAUGAGCAAGAUGGCCAAGCCGAGCGAGGCUGUCGACGGUGUGGCUUCGCCGCAGGUCACAUUGUCCAAGCCUACGGCCGAAGCUGCUUCUCGUUUCAACUUGCAGGGUUUGACGGACGCUGAGACCGAAUCUGCCAUCGCCCGGGUCGCCAAGCCUGCCGACGAUGCGCCGGCAGCCAAUUGGUCAUCUGCAGCUGUGCGACGCGAGAGGAUGGGCGAGCAACGCAAGACAGGAGUGGCGCCAAUCCCAGAUCCUGGGAGGAGCAAGGUCAUGUCGUGGCGCGAGCGAAAUCAGUCGGCUGCUACUCUGUCGUCGCUCGCCUCUUCGGCUACCAGCACAUCGAGUCACAGCUCGCUGACGUCGGCAACAUCGAGCAUCUAUUCAACCGCAUCCGCCCCCGCUGCUCUCACGCGCAAGGAUUUCUCGUCUCGCAAUCGGACCCGAGGAAGUGGAUUCGGUCUGGACACGAUCUCGGAGCGCGAAAAGACGGCGCCUACAAAGAAGGAGGUGGACGCCAAGUAUCUGGCCGGUAUCUUUGGUGGUGGCCAUGGUGGAACGCAGGACAAGAAGCGAAAGGAAGAAGCGUCGAGAGUCGGUACAAGCGUGGAUGGCGAUGCUCCGACCCCUGCAUCGCCCGUGCAAGUGGCUACACCAGCCAUCGAGAAGGGCGACAACAAGAACAGCAAGCUCUUUGGCCUGCUUUCGGAUGGCACUAGUGCCGGCAUGAGCAGCAGGGCGAAUGGUGGGAUACGCUCGGCAAGUGCAAGCGCUGUCAAGCCAGAGGAUCCUCCGCCGCGUCCGGCCGCUAUCGAGGCGGGCAGCAAUGGGGCCGCUCAGCGCAGCGUCAGCGUCGGCAGCACGACAUCUCACUCUAGCAAUUCAGGCGUGGCGGCAUCCUUUGUCUCGCGCUUCCGUCGUCCUACGUCGUCGUCGUCCAAGGCCACGUUUGGUUCCGAGGUGGACAACGCUGAUCAUGGUGGACAUGCACAGACGCUUGGACCCUACGGCCAAGCUGGUGCCAACCCGGCUAUGCGACGAGACGCUUCUACGAGCACGAGCAGUCUGCAUCGGGUCACGCACAACGGUUCCGCUUCGGCGGCACCGGACGUUGCACCUACCAAAAGCAACGGAAGCACCAGCAGUAUCAACAUCAAGUCGAACGAUGCUACCGGUACGGAUGCGAGCGGGGCAGGGGCGGGGGCAGCGGCACCCGCAGCGUCUGCGGCAAAGAAACGCACCAUGGGCAAGUUCCUGCUGGGUGUUCGCGAUAGUAUCAAGAACUUCUAG